GUAGGGUCGGGUAGGCAUAUAAAUAAGUUGCUCAAGACCAUUCCCUUAUUCCACACCUUCACACAACAACACAAGUUUGUGUUUUUCUCUCAAUCAAACACUGCAAAAUGGCUAAGGUUUACCCUCAGUUACCCACUUCUCCUCAGAAUCAGUGUCUCACAUCCAAAAGAGAAACCUACACUCUAUGGUUGAAAUCACUCGUCUUCCACUCCAAUGGAUGCACUGUCUAUGACUCAAAUGGUGACAUCGUUUACAGAGUUGACAACUAUGACAGAAAGGGUAGAAGAGAAGUUAAUCUCAUGGAUCUACGAGGCAAAGUUCUCUGCACCAUAAAGAAGAGAUUACUAGCUCUUGGAUGUUGGGAAGGACACAGAUGCAUCAGUUCAGAUUUUGGCACCCAGGAACAACCAUGGUUCCAAGUAAAAAGAUGUAACCAAAUGAUGAAAGGGAAAGUAGCUUGCCAAAUUUCUGUGGGGUGCCAGAAAUACAGCAUAGUAAGAAUCAGUGGCAAAGCAGAAGCAUUUAGGAUCGUGAACAUUGAUGGACAAAUUGUUGCCGAGGCAAAGCAGAAACACUCACCCUCAGGUGUUGUACUGAGCAACGAUGUUCUAACGUUGGAUUUGGCUGCUGGCACAGAUCAUUCUCUCAUAAUGGCUUUAAUCACAGUAUAUGGGUUGAUAUGCGGUAUAAUGUAAAAAGAGAAAGUUGCUUCAGUUUGAGAUACACACAAUUCAUCGGAGACUGAUUUUGCUUGGCCUUUGUGACUGAUCUAAUGUUAUUCCAAGUUCACUUUGUAAAUUUUCUGAGUGACAAGUUUUGUAAUCAGAAUUAUUUUCUUAGUUUGUAUAGAUAUAGUAUAUGUAUAUGUAUACAUAUAUUGUUUACAGAGGAAACACGAAAUACAAUUUGUUGUACACUGGAUGUUUGGAAUUUGACCAAAUGUUGUGUUUUUACUA